UUCAAUUGAGUUCUUCCCACCGUAUCACGUCACGCCCCACGCCCCCACCUUCCACCAACUUUUGGCUUUCUCUACACUCUACAGUUCUGCACAACAAUGGCGCCAUCUUCUUCUUCUCUCAUACCUCCAACAACAACAAUCAACAAUGGCGAAAUUAAUGCGCUCAUCCACUCUCAAGAAAAUCCCUAAACCAACAUUAGCUCGCUGCUCUUCUUGUCUGCAUGAUUGCAUAUCAUUGACUGGUUCUUCUUUCUUACUCUUUCACUUAGUAUUUAAUUAUUACUAUUCUACCCCAUAAAAAAUCAAGCCUUUUUAUUUAUUUAUUUAUUUUGAGCCCUAAAUAAUGCAAACUGUGGAAUUUCAUCGGGAAUUAUUGCUUUUCUAAUAGUUGAUACUUUAAAUGAAUUAAGGGUACACAGUUUAUUUUUUGAAACUAAAGAAAUGCAUCAUAAAACUCAAUUCAAUAUGAGUCUGUGUUUGGUUACAAAGUUACAAUCAAUUAAAAAUUUCAUCUUUGAUAAAAACGUCAAAUAAAACUAAGAUUAGUAGGAGUUUGCGUUGGAUUAGGGUUCAUAGUUAGGAUGUGUUUGGUACAUUCAGACAGUUUCAUUGUGGGCAUAAUCCUUGAUGUUUCACCAUUAUUCACAAUAUUUUCCACUCUACAUAUUAUCAACAAAUCUCGCAGUUCAGUUUUUAUGGAAAAAAACUGUCUACCUAGGUCCGAGGUUGUAAUCCACCUACUAGAAAUAGACAUUAAUAAUUAGUGGAGUACAACUCAACCGAGUUAAUUAUUAUUUAAUUGUCUAUUUCUAGUGGGUAAUCUAACUAGUGGGUAGAUGUAUCAAUCUCGAGUUGUUAUACUCCCUUUUCUUAAUUUAAAAAUCAAGGCUCGAAAGUUGGAGCAGAGUAAAUUAAUGGUGGACGAAUUGACUGAGUAAAUUAAUGGUGGAUGACUUGACUGGGCAGAUAAGCUCUUAUAUGAUGUAGGACGACUUGACUGAGUAAAUUAAUACUUCGUUAAUUGAUUAUUCAUGUGGAAAAUGAUCCACAAUUAUUGUCCUUUUGUGGGUUGCUAGGUACAAUUGAUGUUUUCUUUGAAGAACAAAAAAUAAAAGCCAGUUUAUUCUUGUAUUUGAGUCGUUGAAACAAAAGGGUAUAUUUAGUACAAAAAAAGGGAAAAGAUAAAAGAAAGGGAGUUUGUGUUUGGUUAUAGACAAUCAAAAAAAUUUAUCUUUGAUCAAAACAUCGAAUAAAAGAGUCAUGGCAGUUGUAGCAGCAGUAGGUUUAGCAACAGGUCUUGCACAAACAUUGUUAGCUGCACUACAGACUAAGGAAGUGAAAGAGAUGUGCUCGAUGUUUCAUUGUGAAUCUCAACUUAAGAAGCUGGAGAACACUAUGUCCACCAUCAAUGCUCUCCUUCUCGACGUCGAUUCUAAGCGUCAGGGGCUAACCCACGAAGGCCAAGUAUGGGUUGAGAAGCUCAAGGAUGCUGUUUAUGAUGUUGAUGAUUUGCUUGAUGAAUUUGCUACUAUUGGUCAGCAGCGCAAACAAGCGCAGGAUGCUAAGUUCCGCACAAAGGCAGGUAACUUCUUCUCUCGUAACAACAAGUACUUGGUUGCUUUUAAUGUGUCUCAAGAGAUCAAGAUGCUUAGGGAGAAGUUGAAUGCUAUUACCAAAGAUCAUAUAGAUUUUGGCUUCACAGAUGUGACCAAACCUGUUGGUGUACGAGAGGAAACCUGUUCUAUAAUUUCUGAGCUGGAAGUUAUUGGGAGGGAGGAUGAUAAGGAAGCUAUUGUGGGUAUGUUGUUGUCAGACAGUCCUUCAGAUCGAAAUGUUUGUUUUGUGAACAUUGUGGGGGUUGGAGGGUUGGGGAAAACCACCCUUGCCCAACUUGUAUACAACGAUGAGAGAAUUGAAGGGGCGUUUUCAAAGAGGAUUUGGGUUUGCGUGUCUGAACAAUUUGGGCGCAAAGAAAUCCUUGGUAAGAUACUUGGCAAGGAGGUGGUUAACUUAGAGGUAGCACAGGGAGAAGUCCGAAGUCUCCUCGAAAGGAAAAGGUACUUGAUUGUUCUAGACGAUGUUUGGAACGAGAGCCAUGAAGAAUGGCGUAAUUUGAAGCCUUUCUUGGCUUCAGAUGUAAGUGGAAGCAAAAUCAUCAUAACUAGUCGCUCCAGAAAAGUGGCAACAUCUAUAGGAGAGGAUUCCAUUAUGUAUGAGUUAAAAGAUCUGUCAGAAGAAAGUUCUUGGAGUUUGUUCAAGUUGAUAGCAUUUGGCAAACAAAGAGAAGAUCAUCAGGUUGACCCCGAUCUUGUCGACAUUGGCAAAGAGAUCGUGAAGAAAUGUGCAAAUGUGCCUCUCUCUAUAAGGGUGAUAGCUAGCUUGCUGUAUGAUCAAAGCAAAAACAAGUGGGUGUCCUUAAGGAGUAUUGACUUGGCUGAUAUGAGUCAUGAAGAUGAUGAAAACUCCAUAAUGCCGACAUUGAUGUUUAGCUAUUAUCAGUUGAGUCCUGAGUUAAAGAGUUGCUUCAGCUUUUGCUCACUCUUCCCUAAAGAUGAUAUAAUAAAAAAGGAAUUGUUAAUUAGUAUGUGGUUGGCACAAGGCUACCUUGUUGCUACCGACAUUGCUCAGAGCAUAGAAGAUGUUGGUGAACGCUAUUUUACAAUCUUAUUGAAUAGAUGCUUUUUUCAAGACAUUGAGCUGGAUGAGCAUGGUGAUGUUUAUUCAUUCAAAAUGCAUGAUCUCAUGCAUGAUCUUGCUCUGAAAGUGGCUGGUAAAGAGUCAUUGUUCAUGGCUCAAGCUGGUAAAAAUCACUUGAGGAAAAAAAUUCGUCAUCUGUCUGGAGAUUGGGAUAGUUCGAAUUUGUGCUUGCGGAAUACACUGCGUACAUAUAUGUGGCUGUCGUACCCCUAUGCUAGGGAUCCGUUGUCGGAUGAAGUGACUCAAAUAAUUUUAAAAUGCAAACGUUUAAGGGUAUUGAGCUUGCCCAAACUAGGUACUGGUCACACUUUACCAGAGAGAUUUGGUAGGUUAUUACAUUUGAGGUAUCUUGAUCUCUCUGAUAAUGGGUUGGAGAUGCUUCCCAAACCAAUUACCAAGCUUCAUAAUUUACAAAUACUAAUAUUACAUGGAUGCUCAAAUUUAAAGGAGUUGCCGGAGGACAUAAGCAAGCUGGUAAAUCUUAGGACGUUGGAUAUAAGUGGCUGUGAUGGUUUAUCUUAUCUGCCAAGGGGGAUGCAUAAUUUGACAAAUCUUCACAGGCUAACACAAUUCGUAGUUGGCGGGGUUGAUGUGAAGCAGAUACAAGGAAGCAAGCUUGUGGACUUGCAAGCUUUUAGAAGCCUGAAAGGUGAUCUUUGCAUCACAGUUCUAAACUUCUCUUCAGAGAAUAUUCCCGAUGCUACAAGAAGAGCCUUUAUAUUAAAGGAUGCACGUCUCAAGAAUUUAGACAUAGAAUGUUGCAUCUCCGAAGGUGAAAAGAUUGAGUUUGAUCAAAGUGAGGUUCAUGAGACAUUGAUAGAGGACUUAUGUCCUAAUGAGGAUAUUCGUCGUAUCAGUAUGGGUGGAUAUAAAGGCACGAAAUUGCCAAGCUGGGCGUCGUUGAUGGAGUCAGAUAUGGAUGGGUUGCAACAUGUGACAUCACUAAGUCGAUUUCGUUGUCUUAAAGUUCUUAGCCUCGAUGAUUUGCCAAAUGUAGAGUACAUGGAGAUAGAGAAUGAUGGAGCACAGGCAUUAGCGUCAAGAAGCUGGGAACCGAGGACAUUCUUCCCUGUUCUUGAGAAGUUAAAGCUCAUCAAGAUGCCAAAGUUAAAAGGAUGGUGGAGAGGAUUAAGAUGGAGGGAGAUGGAAGGAGGGGGUGGUUCUUUGGUUGAUGCUAAAGGUGACAUCCAUAUAGAACAUGUUGUGUCUCUCCCGUAUUUUCCACGACUCCUUGAUUUGACAAUUAAACGCUGUGAGAACAUGACAUACUUUCCCCCAUGUCCACAUGUGAAACGACUGAAACUGAGGAGAGUCAAUGAAGCACUGACAUUUUGUAUGAAAGGAGGCGUAUGGUCCUCUAACAUGUCAAAGUCGUGUUUUGAGAAGUUGGAGGUGUAUAAUGCAAGAGUUAUGAAUUCCGUAUUGAGUGAGUUUCAGGGAGAUGCCAUUGGUAUAGAAUUAAGGUUUGAUGAUGAAGUGAAAAGUAUGGGGGUAGUGAGGGAGGGAUUUGAAAAAUUGGGCCGGGGAUUGAAGAGGCUCUCAAUUGGCUAUUGCAAGGAGCUUGACAUGGAAGACGAAGAGGUGGAAGGGAUGCCAUGGAAAUAUCUUCAAUCUCUUUCUUCCUUGAAAUUAGAGCGUCUUCCAAAGAUGAAAAAACUGCCAAAGGGGCUCCAGUACUUGACCUCCCUCCAAUCCUUAGAAAUUCAGGGAUGCUACAACUUGGAGGAACUUGGGGAGUGCAUAGGCUUCCUAACAUCCCUCCAAUUCCUCCGAAUUAUAGGAUGCAACAAACUGAAAGCCCUUCCGGUAUGCAUUGGAUUCCUUACAUCUAUGCAAUAUCUUGAAAUCAGUAGCCGCCAAUUGGAAUCAUUACCAGAAUCCAUGCGUCACCUCACCUCCCUCACUACACUUGACAUCUAUACAGCAAACGAUCAACUCCGGGAAAGAUGUCGACAACCAGAUGGAGAGGACUGGCCCAAAAUAUGCCACAUUCCUAACUUAGAUAUCGAUUGAUUUGGCAUACUCAGAUUAUCUCCAUUCCAAGUCUGAAAUGGAUCUGUCUUUUAUUUUUCUGCUGAGUACACAUGUAGUAACAAGCCAACACUGGACUGGAAGCAUCUACUGGGUAAUUAAUUCAUUUGUAAUAUUAGCUCUGAUGCAUGAUUAUUGUAAAUUCCGAAAUCCCUUCUGAAUAACAAUUUUGUGUCUAUCAUUUUUCAUCAAAAAGGAUGAUCAUGCAUGUUAUUCUUUCUAGAUUUAUUCCUUCAUUGUUGAAUCCAUUGUGAUCAACUGCAGUUGGAUACUUCCACAGCAGAUUCUUGGUUCCAUUCAAGUGGAAAAAACAUCUCAAUUUUAGUUUUUUUUCCCCAAUAUAAUAUUAACCCAUGAAUCAUACUUCUUUUGUAACAAGCAAUGUCUCAAUGACAUCUCUAGUUUUUUGUUAUUUGUUUCCAAACUGAAGGUCUAUCCAGUUGCUUCUACACAGAUGAAAACCAUUUUUCAUACCCACAGAUGGUUCUGGAAUCAAUAUUCUCGGCUUGAACACGUUUUUGACUGAAUGGGAUCAUAAUUCUAUGAACUACCAACUGCAGUACUAAUAGAGCUAUUAUCAGCAUGGAUCAAGAUACAGACUUUCUGAAGUCACGCUAGCAGGCAGCAGCAUAGUAUUGACAUUGAACGCUCAUGCAAUCGGCUUGCCUGAUUCCAUGUCAGCGGAGGAUGGUUGACCGAUAGCUGUUACUGAUGAGCUUGUGUUUUACUAUGAAUGUGUGUUUUUUAUCUUAAUCUCUCACCUAGGCACAUGAUGUUGAAGCUGUUAGCAACCCUUCCUAGAAGGUGGGUCUUCUGUUUCUCUGAUGCUAUUCAUAAUCAUAGGUGAAGAAUGGUUAUUUUUCUGAUGAUAAGUUUGUGCAAGUAAUGGGGUGUGAGCCAUUGAAGUAGUGCUUAUAUGCCUGGCAAUUGACAUUGCUUCAGGCAAGAACUCAAGGUUUUUUGUAAAGUAAAGUAUUGAACUCUUCAGAUUAAUUAAACCUGAUACAAAACAUUUUUAGUGAACCUUGUAAAUAUGUGUCCUACUAGAUUUAUUUUUGCAUCUUAAUAACAAGUAGCAAGACAGUAUUGUUAUAA